GUCUACAGCAACUAGCACAAUUUUGUGGCAGAAUAUAAUUUUGUUUUUUUUAGUAUUUAGCAAUUGAAAGAUUUUUCUAAAUUUAUAUUUUGUUUAUUAAACAAUGGCAGACUCACCAAGUGAGCCACGAGCUAAAAGGCAGAAGGUGGAUAAAGCAGGCCGUUUUGCGGCUCUGGCGAAACUAAAGGAAUUGAAGGGAAACAAACACAAAUAUGAAGUUGAAGAGGAAGUGGAUAAUGUAUAUGAAAUAGUGGAGGAGCGGGAGUAUGCAAAAAAGGCCAAAGAGUUGUAUGGCGAUGACUGGAUAGAGGAUGAUGGUACUGGAUACGCUGAAGAUGGCCGCGACUUUUUUGAGGAUGAAGACGAGUAUUCCGAUGAUGAUAGUGCUAAACCUUCUAAGGAGCAAAAGAAGGGUUCCAAAAAACGACCACGUGAAAAUGAUAAACCGGCUAAAGGCAAAGGCUCAAUAAGGAAUCUUUUUAGUAACGCUGUGCCAAAGAAGACGCAAGCGGCUUCCAUUAAAGAUGAUGACAUUUUGGCUGAUAUAUUGGGCGAACUUCAGGAUAAGCCUAAAGACGCCGCAACAUCUAGCGAAACGCAGGCCAAAACUCAGAAGAUCAUUGCACCAGCACGCAUUGUUAGCAAUACAACAAAAAAAUCAGAUGCUGCUGUAGCUAAAGAUUAUAUGAAUAGCUUUAUGAACAACAUUAAAAUGAAAGAGGUCGCAAAGAAAAGCAAGGACAAUGAUGAUGAGUUGCUGGAGAGCAUUCUUAAAUCUAAACCAAAUGAUAAAGCCAAGUCAUCAACAGCAAAUAAACCAGCUGAUGCAGAAAAGGCUCCAUUAACUGAAGAAAACAAAGAAAAUACGAAAGAAGAUACUGUUUCAAGGGAGCAGGAAGAGGAAACUCCUUCAACAUCGAAAAAACCUGAAUUUUCAGAUGAUGAUAUGGACUUUAGUUGUUUGCAGGAUGAUGAAAACCAGUUUGAGUUAGAGAAAUCCAUGUCAAGUAGCUCCAAACCGGUUGAAACUCCAACCAAACCAAAAUGCCCUCCGUCUAAUCCAGAGGAGGACAUGCAAAAACUUCUACACAAUUGGGAAAAUAUUUGUCAAAUGGAUAAUUUCGACGAAGAGUUGAAUGCAUCGACAACAUCAAGUGCUACAAAUGGCACAGCUGCUUUGAAUGCGCAUGAAAAUUUACGAUUUUGGUAUUGGGAGGCUUGGGAGGAUCCACUUCGUCGACCAGGUGAAAUUUUCCUAUUUGGUCGAACGGAAGAGGGCAAGUCCAUUAGUGUACGUGUUGAGAAAAUCGAUCGUGUCAUCUAUCUCCUGCCAAGGGAAUAUCUUCUCGAUCCCAUUUCUAAAGAACCCACAAAACAAAAAGUUAAACUCUCGGAUAUUUACAAAGAAUUUGAUGAAACCAUAUCGGUUGAAUUGAAACUAAGCGAAUUUCGUUCACGAAAAGUAACCAAAAAUUUUGCUUAUCAUUCCAUUGGCAUCGAUAUACCACAACAAUGUGAUUAUAUGGAAAUUCAUUACGAUGGCAAAAAACCACCUCCGAAUACCAAACAAAAAUACAAUUCCAUAGCACAUAUUUUUGGCACAAACACAACGUCGCUUGAAAGGUUUAUAUUGGAUCGUAAAAUUAAGGGUCCUUGUUGGCUGAAUCUUAAACAAUUCAAAGUGAAUCCAGCACCUAUGAGUUGGUGUAAAGUCGAUGUGACUGUAAGUGAGCCGAAAUUUUUGGUAUUGGCGGAAGAUCCAAAGCCAGCGCCGCCACCACCAAUCACUUUGCUGACUCUCAACGUUCGCACAGCAUUGAACAGCAAGACAUUGAAAAAUGAAAUUUGCAUGAUAUCCAUGUUGGUUCACAAUCGUUUUCAAAUCGACAAACCCGCACCAAAUCCACCCUUUAAUAGGCACAUGUGUGGUCUCAGUCGUCCAGCCAUGUGCAAUUGGCCUUUUGACUUGAAUGCCAAGCUAACGAAGUUUAAAGCAACGAAAGUGUCCAAACAUGAUUCGGAGAGAGCUUUACUCAGUUGGUUCCUAGCUCAAUAUCAACAGAUCGAUGCUGAUCUCAUUGUAACGCAUGAUGCAUUGGAUUGUCAGUUAGAUGUUAUAGCCGAUCGUAUUGUGACACUAAAAAUACCCCAAUGGUCACGUUUAGGUCGCUUGCGAAUGACCCAAGCGUUUGGCAAGAAAAUGUUAGACUUCUUCAUUGGACGUAUGGUGUGUGAUGUCAAGCGUUCGGCCGAAGAAUGUAUCAAAUCCAGAUCGUAUGAUAUGCAAACACUGUGCCAAAAUGUUUUAAAGUUAAAGGAAAACGAUCGCAUGGAAGUUAAUGAAGAAGAUCUGCUAGAAAUGUACGAAACUGCGGAUGGUAUAUUGAAGUUGUGUACUCUGACCAUGCAAGAUGCUUCCUUUAUAUUAAGGCUAAUGUGUGAAUUGAAUAUUAUGCCGUUGGCCUUGCAAAUCACCAAUAUUUGUGGCAACAUAAUGACACGAACCCUGCAAUCUGGCCGUUCGGAGCGCAAUGAAUAUUUACUUCUGCAUGCUUUCACCGAAAAGAACUACAUUGUCCCUGAUAAGAAGAAAAGAGAAUUCAAUACAGGAAGUGGGGCAGGAGGAGAUCACGAUAGUGUUGAUCAUGACAGUACGGUUAACACAACGUCUGCUGCUGGCGGUGGACGUAAAAAAGCCGCUUACUCUGGUGGUUUGGUUUUGGAUCCUAUACGCGGUCUUUAUGACAAAUAUAUUUUGUUGAUGGAUUUCAAUUCAUUGUAUCCCAGUAUCAUACAGGAGUAUAACAUUUGCUUCACCACAGUGCAACAGCCUUACAAUCCAGAAGAUGUGCCACAACUGCCCGAUACGAGUUUAGAACAGGGCAUAUUGCCACAACAAUUGCGACGCUUGGUAGAAUCCCGACGAGAAGUCAAGAAAUUAAUGGCUGUCCCAGAUCUUUCACCUGAACUGCACAUGCAAUACCACAUACGUCAAAUGGCUCUGAAGUUAACUGCCAACUCCAUGUACGGUUGUCUAGGUUUUGCCCAUUCCCGUUUCUUUGCCCAACAUUUGGCUGCCCUGGUCACACUGAAGGGUCGUGAAAUUCUCAUGAAUACCAAAUCAUUGGUACAAAAAAUGAACUAUGAGGUAGUAUACGGCGACACAGAUUCUAUUAUGGUCAACACCAAUAUCACAGACUAUGAUCAAGUUUUCAAAAUUGGCAGUGGCAUUAAACAGAGUGUUAACAAGUUGUACAAACAAUUGGAAUUGGACAUCGAUGGAGUCUUUAGCUGUCUGUUGCUGCUCAAGAAGAAGAAAUAUGCUGCAGUGAAGGUGGUGAAAAAUGCAAAAGGUGAACUGAAGAAAGAACAAGAACACAAAGGUCUUGACAUAGUUCGACGCGAUUGGUCUCAAAUUGCCAUUAUGGUUGGUAAGGUAAUACUCGAUGAAGUUCUGUCUGACAAACAGUUAGAUGACAAAUUGGACGCCGUACACUCGCACCUGGAAAAGGUAAAAGAGCAAAUACUUGCUGGCGAUGUUCCACUGCCAAUGUUUUUGAUAACAAAGCAGCUGUCAAAAGCCCCAGCAGAUUUUAACAACGCCACCGCUCAGUCGCAUGUCCAGGUGGCACUGCGCAUGAAUAAAACACGUAAUCGCCGCUACAAAAAGGGCGAUAUGGUGGACUAUGUCAUAUGUCAGGAUGGGACUUCAAAUGCCGCCACCCAAAGAGCCUACCACUUGGAUGAGUUGAAAGGCAGUGAGACACUAAAGCUUGAUACAGACUACUAUCUAGCUUCCCAAAUACAUCCAGUUGUUACUCGUAUGAUUGAGGUUUUGGAUGGCACCGAUGCUAGUCGUAUUGCUGAAUGUUUGGGUUUGGAUCCGACUAAGUUUAGAGCCCAAGUUCAGAGAACAUAUGAGGAACGUGCUGUUGAUUCCACAGGUGAAUCUUUGGUAAAGUCGACUCUUCAAAAAUAUCGAUCUUGUGAAAAGUUUAAAUUUGUUUGUGUUCGCUGUAAAGCGGAAAUUAUUGUUGCAUCUGCCUUAAAACCAGCUGCUGGCAAUACAUACGAAGCUGUUCUACAGAAAUGCACAAAUGUCGAGUGCACCAUUGCCCCCUAUCAAUAUGUCAUAGCCAUACGUAAUCAACUCAUACUGAGCAUGCGUUCGUUUAUCACCCGGUUUUACCAAAAUUGGUUGGUUUGCGAUGAUCCGGCUUGUAAUCAAAAUACUCGUUGCUACACUCAUGUUACCAGUGGUCGCCGUCCUGUUUGUAUGCGAUGCAAAAAUGGUACACUCGUUAGGCAAUACACCGAAAGAGAUCUCUACAAUCAAUUGAGUUAUUUUCAGUACAUGUUUGAUUUAUCGAAACAUCAGCACAAAAAUGUAACCAUAUCGCCAGAGGUUGCCGCCGCUUAUCAUGUAUUACGUGAAACUGUUGAUCAACAACUGGAAAAAUCCGCUUACUGCACUAUUGCCCUUUCGAAAUUGUUUGCAAAUAUGAAGCCGUUGUCGCAGGGAGUUACAAUACCACAAAAGAAAAUCGACAUACCUACGGUGCAAGUUGCUGCAAGUCUGGAAGAUAUUUAGUGUAUGAGUUCAUGCAAGGCAAGUAACAUGUCGCCAACGAUUGUCCAAGGGUGACAAGUUUCUGAUGCGACACGUCAACCUAUAGAAGUCACAGUUUGUAAAGUUGUUUUUGUUUACUGUAAUGCCGUAAAUUCUAUUCGGCAUAAGUUGUAAUAAAAAUGUUUAAGCCUUUCCUCAUA